AUGUCCUUUAUUGCAUCAACUAUACUUACUUUUGGGUUUGUUUUUGUUUAUUGGUUGUAUAUAGAAUGGGAAUGUGGGAAACAUAUCACUGAUGGAGUUAGUGGAUAUCCGUAUCCAUUCUUAAAGGGAAAGAGCCAAUGGCAGAGAUUUUUGUGUAUUUCUGUGUUUGGCAUCACAGCCUGUUGUAAUUGGUUUAUCUUGUGUAUAAGAAGUACAACUUUAUAG